AUGCAAGAGUAAAACGAUAGCGAAAACGAGUAAGUGGACAUAAAGGAGACUGAAUUAUUGGCUCUCAAGGACAAAGAGUUCCAAAUCGAUUUGGCUCUCAUUCUCAAAACCAGCAUCGAUCAGAACUUCAUUGACAUUAUGACCGAGGAUCAGAAAACCAAUGAAUUGAUGUCUCUCAAGACUAUACACUUAGAAUUUCUGAACAUAAGGAAGAUCGAAAACCUUGAAUUGUUCGACAAGCUGUAAAUCCUCUUCCUCCAAAAUAAUAAAAUCAGCGAGAUAGAGAAUCUAGACACCUUAAUCAAUUUGGAGUAUUUGAGUUUGAAGAAUAAUUAAAUCUCAGUUUUGAAAGGAUUGAAAAAUAGCAGGAAACUAGCCUUACUAGAUGUGUCUGAAAACUAGAUCAAUUCCAUAAUCUUUGAUUAGGUGCCGCAGAUGAUAGAAAUUUUGAAUAUCAGCAACAACCCAAUCGAAACUAAUGUGGACAUCAGAAAAUCAAUAUUAUGUCAUUUGAAAUUGAUCGAUGAGAUCGACUCUGUAAAGAUUGAUCAGAAUGAACGCUUUUAAGCCUUGGGAAUUUUUCCAAAGGAAUUAGAAAGCUAUUAAAAAAAAUUGACUUAGAGGAAGAUGAAGAAAAUAAUGAAAUUCAAGAAAUUGGAAGAAGUCUUGGAUGUCGAUAAGGUGGAAGUCAAGGAAGACGAAUUAGUUGAAGAAGAUGACCAUCUCACAGAGAAGACAAUCUAUGACAUACAUAAUUUAACUGAAACUUUGAUCACUAAGGCUUAAUAGAGCAAUAUUGAGAAGUUGUAUUAGGUGCAGCAAGAGUUGUUGGAGUACUAAAAAUUGCAUUAAGAAAUAAGGAAUAAAAUAUAUGAAGAGUAAAUAUAAAAAUAAUAAAUAUGA